AUGAACCGUCUGCCUAGUAUACCUUCGCGGCCAGCGCAUUUUCACCCAUAUGCCUCCGACAGUCCCUACCAAAGACCAAGUGCUGCACCAUCGCGGCCCGACAUCUCAUCGCAGCAGCAUCCCUCCCGGGAUUCCCAGGGAAGUCAAAAUCAUGCGCAGCAGCUACCAAGCCUGCGAACCCUCCUUGAGCCAGAGCUACUGGAAAACAAAGUCUCUGAUCAGUUCCCGCGGCCUGGUGGCGCACAGCUAUUCAAUAGCACCGCUGGGAGAUACGGAUCCGCGAGCCCGACCUUGAAAAGACGGCAUGAUUCCGACGGUUACAGCCACGACCAUCCAGAGAGUCAUGCUCUCCCUUCUCGAAUACCAGCCGUGCAUCGUCAUGCCUCGUUUACCACCAGUACCGACAGCCAACCGCCUGCCUUCUCGACCUCUGGUCCCGCCCACCGGCCCCAGACUUUCAUUGGCAUUUCUUCUGGAACCAUGUACUCCGAUUCCACCACUAAGAUCUUCCGUCCACCUUCGACCACUUCCGCACUAAGUGCAUGCUCAGAACCAGGAAGAGCCUUUUCGAGCCACGCUCAAUUUCACGAUGAUCCCGUGGACCUAAGCAAGCCGGCACGGAGACGGACUGAAGGAUCGUCACGCGCGCCCAUACGAUCGAAACAUUGUGUGGGCCAGCAACAAGUGGCUGGAGAAGGUUUAUGCUAUGUCUUCGACGACGGGAGUUAUUGUCGCGUUGUUAUUGAUGGAGAACCGGUCAAUCCGUCAUGGGGCAUUACGAAAGCUGGCAAACCGAGAAAGCGCCUCGCACAAGCCUGUCUCACAUGUCGCGAGAAGAAGAUCAAGUGCGAGCCUGGUUAUCCCAAAUGCCACCAGUGCGCCAAAUCACAGCGAGCUUGUCGAGGUGGCCUGAAUCAGCCAGGCAUGAACAAUGCUUCGGGAGAGACUUCACCGUCGUCAUCUUCAGUACUGUUUAAGAACCAGUCGACCGAACUCAUCAGUCCGGUGGCUGGACCCGACAAAUUCAAAUCUCUUGAUCAACAAUACUCCAAACCUGUUGAAUCUUGGAAUACAACAGGCUCCUCUUUUAAGCCUCGGACCUUUCGACCAAAUUCAGUUGCCACGUCAAGAGACAUGUCGGUACACUCGAUGGACUCGGAUUGGAGUGGAUCUGUGAACAACCAGGACCCGGAUGAUCUCAGACGUGGAUCGCACCAGGACCAACUGGCCAUGCAAUGGGAACAGGACCCUUACGAUAGCGACCCAAGGCUCACCAUGCACCUACUGGAUCUCUAUUUCCUCCAUGCUGGACGUGCAACGUAUGGAAUGUUUCCUCGCCGACCUUUCCUCACUUGGGUGGAGACCAACCGGGAGAAGAACCAGGACCAUCUCAUGCUUCUUUACUCUGUUCUUGCCAUGGGCUCUGUGUUUUCCACCGACGCUGAACAGCGCGGCGCUGGCAAAUGGUAUGCUGCUGUUGCCGCAUACGCCAUGGAAAAGCGAUUUGGCAAGUUCACCUUGCAAUUGUGCCAGAGUCGCUUAAUGCUGGGUCUGUACAACUUUGCUCGUGGCAAGUCACAGGAAGCUUGGGAUUACUGUGGAGCCGGGCUGCGCGCUCUCAGUGCCUUGAAGCUCAACUCCGAGGACGGAAUCAAGGAGCUCCCAGAGACUGCUGCCGAUAUGCCUUAUGGAUUCGACCGCUUGACUCUGGAAGAAUGUUGCCGCCGCACCUUCUGGUCCGGAUUCUUGAUGGAUGUAAGUUCAACUGCGUCUACGGCAACCACCAACCCUGACCUAAUGCACCAACAGCGAUACAAUGGAUUCUGCGGUGGCACCCUUUGCGUUAUCAAUAUUGAGGACACUUUCCUACGACUCCCCUGCUUGGAAAACAUGUUCGAGGCAUCCACUCCCUGUGAUUCCCCCAUGUUCGACUUGGAGAUUCUGAACCGCCAGGCGUACUCUGGCCCUCCCCUCGGACAUAUGGCCUACUUGACCUUGAUAUCCACGAUCUGGGGCGAUGUGGUGACUUUUACUAGCCGUGCCGUUCAUCGCUCUGGAGCCAGGUAUGAGGUACUUUAUGAAGCCUUUUACGCCAAGACGUAUGAGCGACUGGAUGCAUGGCUUGAGAUGCUACCGGUCAACCUCAGGUACACUCCUCAGAACCUGGACAACAGUAUCGUCGAAGGCUUCGCAGGGUCGUUCAUUUCCCUUCACGCUCUCUAUCGCACCACCGUCAUUCGUCUUAAUCGCCACAUUCGAUUGUCUGCGAUGUCAACUGACAAGGUCGCCCGCAAUGUCGAACAGGCCUUCUAUCAUGCGAUCAGUUUUGUGCAUAUGAUGCAUUCGCUGGCGCCUGAGAAUCGCCACCAACGUCUGCCUUCGACUGCUGCUGCAGAGUUCCUCUUCUCCACACCGUUCCCUGGUUACGCGCUCCUGCUUUCGAUCGAUGUUGUUACUGCCGCCGGCACGGCCGCUAGUAUUCCGAGCCUUAUCGAGACUCUUGGCAUGGCAAGCUCAUGCCUUGAAGAGCUCGCGACCUUCUGGGCAUCGGCUCGCACGCAACAGAAAGUUGUGGCGAACCGUCUGAAGCAACUCACGAAAACCGCUAUGCAAGAAGAGCAGGGUGCCCGGAACGGUACGCUUGGACAGUUCUGGAGACAAACCGAAAGCUUGGAGGCCGCAUUCGGGAACGACGAUGCUGUGUACGAAGCAGAUCAGCAGCUAGUGUUUGAAGUUCUGAACAGGCUUACCGAUGGCAGGCGGACCGCGUAA